UGUGAAAAUCGGUGGUUGUAGCGGAUCGCUCAUACGUAGGAUUACCAAUUCCUCUCUCAUACUCUCAUUCGGUGCGGUUUGCUCUCAGUGCUCUCUAAGCAAAUUUGUGUUGGAUUGUUAAUUCCGUGGCCAAGUCAGUAAUCUUUGAGGAAACUGCUGCGAUUUUUUAUUGAAUUGGUUUGAUUGAUAAUGGUUGUGUGAUUUGGUGCGAACAAUAUGGAUGCCAGCACGAAAAAAUACAAAACAGCCACUGUGUCAUCGAUGCCAGCGCUUGAUGAAACCGUGCAUAAAACUACAUCUCCUGGGGUGACGCCCGUGGUUAGCACAGUGCCUCAAACUACCGUAGGAGCGGAAGAUCCAUCACUAGCCGAUGCCGGAGCUAGCAAUCAACCGAAACGUCCCCUUAGACGACCGGGAAAAGUAAUCCCCGAUCGCCCGCAACGUGUAUUUUAUUGUCUUACUUUGAAAAAUCCUCUGCGGAAGCUGUGUAUCAAAGUGGUAGAAUGGAAGCCUUUUGAAUAUCUAAUUCUUCUAACGAUUUUUGCUAACUGCGUUGCUUUAGCAACAUACACACCUUUCCCAAACGGUGAUUCAAAUUCAACUAAUGCCAUGUUGGAAAAAGUGGAGCACAUCUUUCUUAUAAUAUUUACGCUUGAGUGUGUGAUGAAAUUGAUUGCUUAUGGAUUCAUAAUGCACCCUGGAGCAUAUCUUCGAAGUCGGUGGAACAUGUUGGAUUUUACGAUUGUUCUAAUUGGAAUGAUCAGCACCACAUUAUCCAGUAUAAUGAAGGAUGGUUUCGAUGUGAAAGCGCUGAGAGCGUUCCGUGUGUUGCGUCCAUUACGAUUAGUUUCUGGAGUGCCUAGUUUACAGGUAGUACUCAAUUCCAUUCUGAGAGCAAUGGUACCUUUAUUGCAUAUUGCAUUGCUUGUAUUGUUUGUAAUAAUAAUUUAUGCAAUUGUGGGACUUGAGUUAUUUUCUGGAAAAAUGCAUAAAACUUGCUUUCACAAUAUUACAGAGGACAUGAUGGAAGAUCCAACACCAUGCGGCGAAGGUGGUUUUCAAUGCAGCUCCAUAGGUGUUAACUGGGUUUGUCGCUACUAUUGGGAAGGACCUAAUGCUGGAAUCACAAAUUUCGACAACUUCGGAUUAUCGAUGCUUACUGUGUUUCAAUGCAUUACAUUAGAGGGAUGGACGGAUAUGUUGUAUUACAUUGAGGAUGCAAUGGGAAGCAAUUGGCAGUGGAUAUAUUUUGUGUCUAUGGUAAUCCUCGGUGCGUUUUUUGUAAUGAACCUUAUUCUCGGUGUUUUAAGUGGUGAGUUUUCCAAGGAGCGAACAAAAGCGAAGAGUCGUGGCGAUUUUCAGAAACUUCGAGAAAAACAACGAAUUGAAGAAGAUCUGAAAGGUUACUUAGACUGGAUUACUCAAGCAGAAGAUAUUGAUACAUACCAGGAACCACCGUCACCAGGAAAAAUGAUGUCCGAAGGAUUGCUGAAGGGUACUAGAGCAAUGCUCGCUGGUUCAGGUUCCUCCGUUUUCAGUGGUUUAUCUCCCAAUUCUACUGAAGGCUGCAUUGAAACGAAUAUUGAUUAUGUACAAUCUGCAUCGAAGUCGUGGUAUAAUCAACAUUUCCGAGCUUGGGAUCGACUAAAUCGUAAGAUGCGCCGAUCCUGCCGAAAGGCAGUAAAAUCACAAGCAUUUUACUGGCUCAUCAUAAUUUUGGUUUUUUUGAACACUGGUGUACUUGCAACUGAACAUUACCAUCAACCUCAAUGGCUGGACGAUUUUCAGGAGUACACCAACAUGUUUUUCGUGGCGCUAUUUUCAUUGGAAAUGUUUCUUAAAAUGUACAGUUUAGGGCUGCAAGGAUACUACGUUUCGUUGUUCAAUCGUUUCGAUUGCUUCGUCGUCAUUGGUAGUGUAGUUGAAGUUCUUUUGACCAACACUCAACUGAUGCCUCCGUUGGGUAUAUCUGUUCUCCGUUGUGUGCGGUUAUUGCGUGUCUUCAAAGUGACCAAAUACUGGCAGUCACUAUCGAAUCUUGUAGCAUCGUUGCUUAACUCAAUUCAAUCAAUUGCGUCCCUGUUACUGCUACUUUUUCUUUUCAUCGUAAUAUUCGCUCUAUUGGGAAUGCAAGUGUUUGGCGGACGUUUUAUCUUCAAUUCAAUGGAUAACAAACCGCGUUCAAAUUUCGAUAGCUUUGUGCAGAGCCUUUUGACCGUGUUUCAGGUACUGCAUUGUCCACAUUUUU